AUGGCGGUGGGCUACCACCCCCGCAUGGAAGGCCCCUCCGCCAUUCCGCGGCCCAGCGGAAUACCUACUUUGAGGCACUCGAGCGUUGGCGCCGUCACGGGUGCUGGUCAACGGCACCGUCAUGUCGUUGGAACCGACGAGUUGACGGUGGGAACCGCCAUUCCCCUGCCAGGAGACCCGGGACCGUUUUACCUGGGCGAGUGGCGGAAGAGCUCAGAGACGCAUCAGCACGGGGAACCGCAAAAUGCAUGGGCGGAUCAAAAGGCGGCGGAGGCGCAGCAGGCAUGGGAGACGGAAAAAGCAUGGGAGGCCCAAAAGCCGGCGGAGGCGCAAAGGGCGGAGGAGGCGCAAAAGGCGGAGGAGGCGCAAAAGGCAGAAGCGGCGCAAAAGGCAGCGGAUCUGAAGCGGAGGGUAAAGGAGCUGGAGCGAGCUAGCCGCGAGCAGGAGAAGGAACUGACGUCGCUGAGAUCCCAGAAAAUUGCAGCAGAGCAGAGCCUUCGACGGGAAAAGGAAGCUUCCGCGUUGCUGCAGCAGAUGUUACAGCAGGAGCGGGAGGCGAAGGCGGUGAUGCUAGCGGCGCGAGAGGACGAGGCUGCCGAGAUCGACGGAGAGAAACGCGCUUUGAUUGCGCGGAGCAGGCAGCUAGCAGCGCGGGUGGAGCGAGCGGAGGAGCGAAUGGAGGGGCUGGAGCAGGAGAAGGAGGCCGUCAUACUCGAUCGCGACGCGAUUGCUAUGGAGUCGGAGGUGCUGGUGGAGCGACUCGGGGAGGUGGAACAGAUGGUGGAGAUGCUUCGGCAGGAGAACGUGAAUCUCGAGGCAGAGCUGUUGGCCGCACAGCGGUCCCGAGAUACGUACUGGACGCACAGUAUUUCACUGUACCAGGAUAAAGCAAA